UCUAUUCCAAAAUGAGGACACUUUACCUCAUAUUUUGCUGCUUCUUUGCAGCACAUUCUUUGACUUCCUCUACGAGUACUUCACCAAGUUCACGUCCAAGAUGCCUUCAUGAGCAGAGUUCUAUUCUGCUACAAUUCAAACGAGAGUUUCCUCUCAAAGAGCCAGAAGAUUUGUUAAACGACUACGAUUAUCCGAAAAUGGAGACGUGGAAGGCCGAAAAAGAUUGUUGUUCAUGGGACGGGAUUGAAUGCGACACAACCGGUCAUGUAAUAGGGCUAGACCUCAGCAACAGCUCUCUUGAAGGACCUUUGCAUUCCAACAGCAGCCUCUUCAGCUUGACUCAUCUUGAAAAUCUCAAUCUCGCCUACAACCCGAAAUUUUCGGGUAGAUUAUCGGAUUCGAGUGCUAGCAAUCUCAAAUCCUUGAAUGUUUUGGAUCUGAACAGCUGUAAUUUUUCUGGGAUAGUUCCAACUUCAAUUGGCAACCUUUCCCAAUUAACGUAUCUUGAUCUCUCAAGCAACAACUUCAGUGGUGAAGUACCAACUUCACUUGGAAGACUCACAAAGCUGGAACAUCUAUCUCUGCAGAAAAAUCGGCUCAUCGGCCGAAUUCCGUCUUGGCUUGGAAACCUCACUGGGCUAACUCUGCUGCAGCUUUCACAUAACAAUUUCAAUGGCGAGUUCCCGAUAUCACUGGCAAACCUCACUCAACUCGAUUCGUUGUAUCUCUCUUUCAAUCAGUUGGUUGGUUCAAUCCCAUAUGAAUAUGCCAACAGAAUUUCCAACUCAAUGUUGCUUUCAAUGCUUGACCUUUCACACAAUUCUUUCAAUGGCACAAUUCCUCCAUCUUUGUUCAGAAUUCCUUCUUUAGUGAGCCUAAAUUUGGACUACAAUCAGUUUACAGGCCCUCUUACUAUCCAAAAUGUGUCCUCAUCCCAACUGACUGCUCUGUAUUUAAGACGGAACAACCUCAACGGGCAGAUUCCGGCGUCGAUAUCUGAAUUGACAAGCCUUACAGAACUCUACCUCUCCUUAAACAACUUCAGUGGCGAAAUCGAGUUGGGCGCCUUCUCAAAUCUGAUCAGUCUUGAUCUUUCAUACAAUAGUCUUACUAUUACAAGCACGAGCACAAUGUUCGCUCUUGCGGUCAACUUUUAUUCUUUACUUUUGGCUUCAUGCAAUAUCAAGGAAUUUCCCAAGUUCCUGGAGACCCAAAAUGAGUUGUGGGAAUUGGAUCUUUCCCAUAACAAACUUGAAGGCAAGAUUCCGAAAUGGUUCUUCCGAGUCGGAACAGAGUCCUUGGCUAGACUAGAUCUUUCCAGCAAUCUGAUCACUGGUUGGGAACAAGAGCCGUCAAUUCUUCCAUGGGAGGCAUUAGCGUAUCUCGAUUUGCGUCACAACAAGUUUCGGGGUUCACUCUUUGUCCCACCAUUUUCCACAGUUCACUUCUUCAUUUUCAACAAUAGCUUAACUGGAAAUGUUGAUCCAAUUUUUUGUGAGCUGCAUAAUCUAAAAGUUCUUGAUGUGUCCAAUAACAACUUAAGCGGUGAGAUUCCGCGGUGUUUGGGUUCCAAUAGCUCUCUUUUGAUGUUGAAUUUGCAAAGAAACAACUUCCAUGGAGAAAUACCCCCGACGUGCGAAGAAAGAAGCGUUUUGAAGACACUAGACCUCAGCCACAACCAGCUUCAAGGGAAAAUUCCGAAAUCUUUGGUGACAUGCAAAGAGCUAGAAGUUCUGAACAUUGGUCACAAUCAGAUAAGUGACCGAUUCCCUUUCUGGACACAGAGUUUGCCCAAGUUACAAAUUCUCGUAUUGCGUUCGAAUAAAUUCGAUGGUCCAAUAUGGCAUCCUCGUGAGUUUUCAGGCUUCGAGAAUCUGCGUAUGAUCGAUCUCUCCUUCAACAAUUUUGGUGGAGUUUUACCAUCAGAGUACUUUAGGAAUUGGAGUGCCAUCAAUACAGAAAUUCCAUACGUAAACAAGUCGAAAUUGAGAUACAUGGGAGACACAUCCAACUACUAUCAAGACUCAGUGACUGUGGCAUAUAAGGGCUUGGAUACGGUACUUGUGAAGAUCCUGACCACCUUUAUGUCCAUCGAUCUCUCACACAAUAGUUUUCAUGGGGCAAUUCCAAGUUCCAUAGGAGAUCUUAAAUCACUAGUUGGGCUCAAUCUAUCUGGCAACAAUUUCGGCGGGUCCAUCCCGACAUCUCUCGGGAAACUGAGUGAGCUCGAAUCAUUAGAUCUCUCAAAAAACAAUCUUUCUGGUAAAAUCCCCUAUGAACUUGUGAGUCUUACAUUUCUUCAGCAUCUCAACCUUUCUGAUAACAAACUUGUUGGUCCAAUUCCGCAUGGUAAGCAGUUUGAUACAUUUGAAAAUUCCUCUUUUGGUGGAAACUUAGAUUUGUGUGGCUUUCCAUUGGCAAAGAAAUGUACUGAAAGCGACGAUGAGCAACCAAAUUCUGACCAUGGACAAGACUCAGAAUCAGAGAAUGGCUUUGGUUGGAAAGCAGCGCUGGUGGGGUAUGGAUGCGGAAUUGUAAUUGGAUUGGUCGUCGAACACGUGCUUGUCUCGCGGCGACCAACCUGGUUCUCAGGAAUUUAUAGGAGAAUCUCACUGACACCAUAAAGAAUUUGUAUUUUAUUUCUCCUUCUAAUUUUCAAAGUUUUAGUACGCAUGUUUCUCUUUGUCCCCUGUUUCUAUCAAGUUUAAAAAAUAUAGCGUUGUAUGAAUGGGAGUAUGGAAUGUCAUAGUAAUGCUUUGUUUCAAUAAGUUGUCUUGAUUUAAUCAUGGCACAUUGGUAUUGACAGGAAACGUAGAAGGUUGAAAGAUCUUU